UAACGUUGAUUGAAAUCUGAAAUUCGGCUUUGUUUUGAUUGUUAAAGCUAAUAUUUCAAUCCAUAUAAAUCAACAUGAGUAAGGCCCAUCCACCAGAGCUCAAGAAGUACAUGGAGAAGAAACUGACAUUGAAGCUCAAUGGAGGGAGACAAAUCACAGGAAUUCUUCGAGGAUUUGACCCAUUUAUGAAUUUGGUAGUAGACGAAAGUAUUGAAGAUUGCAAAUCUGGAGAAAAAAAUUCCAUUGGAAUGGUGGUUGUCCGAGGGAAUAGCAUCAUCUUACUGGAAGCAUUGGAUCGUGUAUGACAGUUUCAUUUGGCAGCUCAGUGUGAAAAACAGUUGAGGAAGAAUGUCUGCAGUGUGGAAAGGAGAAUGACAGAUGUGUAGGAACAGAAGGAAUGAUGAACACAAGGGAAAACAUGGGGAAAGUUGCAAGCAAACAAAAUCAUGAGACAUGUUUACAUUCAUUUCAUUUGUUUGUCAACAAUUUUGACAGGUUUUCAUUUCAUUAGUGUCAUCAUGUUUCAAUUGUCUUUGGCUUUGGAUAAACCAUAGUAGAUGAACAAAUGAAAUACUCCAGUAUAUUUAUUUUUGUAGAUUUUAUGCUUCUUUCCUUGUGAAAGAAAUACAUCCAUAUGAAAAUAAUGUGUUGGAUUAUUUCUCAGUUUGACAAGCUUUACAUUCAUCAAGCCAGAAUGGAUAAUUCAUAUUGUUUUCUUUAUUGUGUACUAGUGAUUGUUAAUUUUAAUAAAUGGAUGUGUGAACUUA